AUGGCGCAAAAUGCAAGCGCCGAUGGCACGGUAUCCAUGCCAAAAUUGGAGGACAUCCUGCGCCAUCCGGAAGAUCUCGACAAGAUCAAUGGCCUGAAAGCCGAGUACCAACGCAAGAAAGCCGCCGUCGACUCGCGACUCCGUGAGGGCCUUCGUGAGCAGCUCGAGGCUGUGCAGCGCAGUAUCGGAAUAUUGACCGAGGGUCAACGACAAGUCUCCAAGACCCGAGAUGAAUUACAAGCCAUUGAUAAACUAUGCGCCGAAUCGCAGGAUAGCGUGGAGGACUUUGCUCAGAUCGACAAGUUGGCUCGGAUUCAACGGCAUUUUGAUGCUACGUUAAUGAUGAAGAAGGGAUUGGAGAACUUUGGUGCGGAUCUCCAGGAGGUGGAGGAAUUGUUGAGGGAGGAUGAUGAUGAUUUGGAGAAUCAGCCGAAUCUUUUAAAGGUUCAUAUGCAGAUCUCCCGUCUACGAGAUUUCCGUGACGAGGCGAUGGACCAGAUUCAAAAGUCGCGCGAUUCCAGCAGCGAGGAGACCUUGACGGAAUAUUUCCAAGGGCUGGACUCGGCUAUUGAUUGGUUCGAUGAUCAUCUCGGUACCGCUUGCAUGAACCUGAUUCCAUUGGUCCAGGAAGAUAACAGGAGCAUGGUGGUUCGAUUAGCGGUGGUCGUAAUGAACGAGGAGAAGAAUGACGAUACUGUCAAGGCAUUGCAGGAAGCGCAAAAGGACCACAAGGACCUAGCAAGCCGCUUCAAGUCUAUGAACAUUGGGCCCAAGACUGUUCGAGGCUACAAGGAUAAGUUCCUCCAGGCCAUCGAAUUCUACGCACAGAAUCAGUUCAACAAUACUAAAGACGAGUUCCUUGAGGACCCAGAUCAUAUGGAGAAGAGCUUCCGGUGGUUCUUCAACGAUCUCUUCACAGUCCAGCAGGGUAUGCAAGCCCUCAUGCCGAAGAAGUGGAAAAUCUACAAAACAUACACCGAUAUCUAUCACCGCAUGAUGCACAAUUUCCUCGUUGAGUUCAUCGACGACCCCGAGGUCCCUGCAGACAACCUGCUGAAGAUUAUCCACUGGAGCGACAAGUACUACAAGAAGAUGAAGAAGCUGGGCUGGACCCCCGCCGAACUCCAACCCAAUAUUCUGGAUGACCGUGAACCAGAACUGGUGCGACAGUGGCAGAGUGUGAUUAUCAAUGCUGUCGAGGAAUGGAUGGACCGGAUCUUCGACACGGAUAAGAAGGGUCUUGUGGAGCGACAAGCAGAUGCCCUGGACACGAAUGCAGAUGGUUACUUCCGGACCAAGACGCAGGCAGAUAUGUGGCGUAUGCUUCACGAACAGAUCAUGGCGGCUGGACAAUCCGAAAGAGCCGACGUGGUCGAGGGUGUCAUCGAUGCCAUGUUCCGGGCUCUGAAGGGCCGACAGAGUGCCUGGCAGGCACUCAUUGAUGAAGAGUGCAACAGGGCCAAGGCUCCUAGCGGUGAUAACGAGGGAGUGCAGCUGCUGCAAGACUGGUUGGUCGGCGUGGCCAAUGACCAGAUUGCUUGCAUCGACGACAAUGAGGAGACCGGUCAAAUGGGCUACUUGACCCGAUUCAAGGCCGACGUCGAGCCCGUCGUGACCGCGAAAUACAUGGCGACUCGGGCCACGUCAGAGCUGGACGCUCUACGCGACGGAUAUGUGGACCUUAGCACGCACUGCCUGGCACUAUUCGUGGACAUUGUUUUCACUGUAGAUCUCAGCUCAGUCCUCACAGAUCUCUUCACGCCCCGAUGGUACGGUGAAUUCGCCAUUAAGCGUAUUACCACAACCUUCGAGGAUUACAUGGUCGACUAUAGCCCAGUUCUACACCCCUCUCUCGUCGACAUCCUAGUCGAAGAACUCUCAGACGAAUUGCUGGUGCGAUACCUCUCAUCAGUCCGCAACAAGGGCGUCAAAUUCCGCCGCCAAGUGGAUCCCUUCACGGAUAAAUUCAAGGACGACAUCCUCACCGUCUUCGAUUUCUUCCAAAAAUACGAGGACUCCUUCCAGUCUACUAUCAAGCAGAAGUGGCGCUUGGUCGACUGGCUUGUCCGCUUGCUUGAAGCCGAGAAGGGUCAGGCUAUUGUGAAUGUCUACGAAUCGUUCAAGAACGAGUACUGGGAUCUACAGCUGUCUUGGGUGGAAGCUGUCCUCCGGACUCGGGAUGACUUUGAGCGCAGUAUGAUUAGCUCUAUUAAAGCCAAGGCGGCUGAGUUGUCUGUUGAGCGUGGCAUGGAGACUAUCAUGAGUCGUCUGAGGUGA